GAUCCGUCGUCCGUCGCCUCAUCUCCGACCGUCCUUUUCCUUUGAUCUCCGAUGAACCCCCAUCGGCGACCCUGCUUCUCUAGCCCUUUCUCUCUCCACAGGUAUGUCUCUCCUCUCCUGCACGAUUCCCCUGUUUCAAUGGAAUGGAGGUGGAGGAAGACACAGAGAAGCUGGCGGAGUGAGGAACGCAAGGGAAGGAGGAGUAGCCCACCAACUCGCCUCCGCCGCCGCAACUAUACCAAACAACCCGCCGCUCCAACAAACCCUAGAAGGUUCCCAUUCCUCUUCUCCUCUCUUGCCACAAAUCUUAUCGGCGGCGGCCUGGCAGGACAUCCACAUCAAACCGGAAUCUCAUCAAUUCCCGAUCCCAUCACCCCUCUACCACCACCCUCAUCCACCGUCGCACCACCUCUCCACCACCGCGCUCCUCCAGAAGGCCUCCACCCUGGCCGCAACUCAGGCCGCCGCGGCGCAGACCCAGAUGUCGCUUUACAAGGGACUUCCUCGGUUUGACCGGCCACGAAGACCGCCGAGGAGGCGGAAGCAGCCGAGGAGGCGAGUUGGUGAGCGGCGGCUUGAAACAUCGAGCUUUGAAAUCCGGAUCUGGAAAGAGAAAAAAAAACAUUUCCACUUCUGGACGACUGCAAGAGGCGAUCGAAGCCAAGCGGUGACAAAGAGAUGGAGAUGAACUUGCGGGCAGAGGAAAGAUAGAUCUGGAGAUGAUUCGGCGACUUGUGGAGAUGUGGCAGAGCUGGAGAGGUGAAAACUUGCCGCUUGAUUUCUCGGCGUCUUUCCACACACUCGUCGCUGACAGCCGUCGUCGAACGGGAGAAGGCAGGCGUCGCCGAAUCCAAUCAAGGAGAGCUUCACUGUCGUUUGGGUUGCCAUUGUAGAAUGGGAGAAGAGGAAGAAGCAGAGAUGGGGAGAUUGGGAAGGGCGGAGCAAUUUAUUUUUUAAUUUCUAAGAAUUUAGUAUUUUUUGUAUUAUAGUUAUUAUAAUUUUAUUAAAAUAAUUUUAUUUUUAAUUAAGUAAUGACAUGUCA